AUGAUGCCGGCUCACACAGCACAAUAUUCUCUUCCGACUAGUCUUAAUCUUGAGCAAACCACCUCGCUGGGUGCACUGCCGGAUGCACCGCUAGAUACACCGCCAAAUACACCACCAAAUACACCGCGAAACACCCAGGACAUGAACACCCAAGACGCAAACGCCGAGGUUAUAGUAACCGAAGACACAACCAACAUUAAGCUGCAGCAGCUCACGGCCGAAGUGCAGCAUCUCAGAGUUGAAGUGCAGCAGCUCAAGACUGUUGUCCAAAAUGAUGAAGAAAUGCACGGGUUCUACCUUGAUCUUGACUUGUUCUACUUUCACUAUGAUCCCAAUUCGCCUAACCAUAGGGCCAUGGUGAUUCUCAUUUUUCUUGUUUUGUUGGCUUUCAAACUUUGA